AUGUGGCUCUACCUGGUGGCACUGGUGGGCCUGUGGACAAUCCUGCAAUUUUUCAGGGAGAGGCAGGUGGUGAGCCAUCUCCAUGACAAGUAUGUCUUCAUCACGGGCUGUGGCUCAGGCUUUGGGAACCUGCUGGCCAGACAGCUGGACAGAAGAGGCAUGAGGGUGCUGGCUGCAUGUCGGAAGGAGGAAGGAGCCAAGCAGCUGAGAAGCAAGACAUCUGAGAGGCUGGAGACAGUGAUCCUUGAUGUCACCAAGACAGAGAGUAUUGUGGCAGCCACUCAGUGGGUGAAGGAGCGUGUUGGGAACAGAGGACUCUGGGGUCUGGUCAAUAAUGCUGGCAUUUCCACCCCCUCCGGUCCUAAUGAGUGGAUGAAGAAACAGGACUUUGCAACUGUACUGGAUGUGAACCUAUUGGGCAUGAUUGAGGUGACUCUGAACAUGCUGCCCUUAGUGAGGAAGGCAAGGGGCCGAGUGGUGAAUGUUUCCAGCACUGGGGGUCGAGUGUCUUCCAUUGGAGGAGGUUACUGCAUCUCCAAGUAUGGUGUAGAGGCCUUCUCGGACUCCCUCAGGAGAGAACUCUCCUAUUUUGGGGUGAAGGUGGCUAUCAUAGAGCCUGGUGGUUUCAAGACCAACAUCUCUGAUGUCAAGAGGCUAUCACAUAACUUAGAGAAGCUGUGGGACCAGGCCACCCCAGAGGUCAAGGAGAUCUAUGGCGAGAAGUUUAAAGACUCCUGUUUUAAAACAGUAAAGUUAUGGUCGAACACAUUAUCAGAAGACCUAUCUGUGGUGACAGACUGCAUGGAGCACGCUCUGACUGCCUGUCACCCUCGCACUCGAUACUCAGCUGGUUGGAAUGCCAAGGUCUUAUUUCUUCCUUUGAGCUACCUGCCCACAUUUCUUGUGGAUGCCCUUUAUUAUUGGAAUUUUCCAAAGCCUGCCCAAGCACUCUGA